UAAAAGACAGUGAGAAUGGGAUAUCUUUGUUCUACAAAUGUUUACAUCAAAUACAUGAAAAAGAGAAAUGGACAAGAAAAGAGAUAAAGGCUAGCAUGGAGCAGAUGGAACAAUUUGAUACUACAAAAUUUUUUAGACUUAUGGAAAACAAUCCACUUAGGUUAGUUUAUUGGUGUGAAGAACAAUUUGAGGCAACAUUAGAAAGAAAGAAGCAUCAAUCUUUUUGUGAUGAUAGAAUAAAGCAAGAUGUAUUUUCAAAGUAUAUGACUUUACAGACUCAUCAAUCUAGAUGGCUAGUCUUUCAUGAUAAUGGUUGGGUAAACAUUGUUGCAUCAUUUGCAAAAUCAAUAACAUGGCAAACAAUAAAAUCAUUAGACUAUAAUCAUCCUAUGCUUUCAUUCAUUGUUGACUUAACAGAACCACAAAGGAUUAUGAAAUUUCUCCCAAUUUCUAUUUAUAAUAAGAUAGCCUGUAUUCCAGAUUUGGUUUCGCUUUUUGAUAAUAAUAAUAACUAG